CCGACGCAACAGAGCGGCGGCUUCAACCCCUCGGAUGGGAAGCCGCUCCUCACGUCGCACACGCCCCUCUGCAAACAAGUUUUUUUUUUUCUACGCCAACUCUCACUGCUUCUGUAUGCAGUCUCCUCGGAUGUCAGAGAGCAGCUUUGGAGGGGGAGAAAGCGGGAGUGGAGCCUCCUGACACAUGGGGGAGAUGCUUGCGCUGGAGACCGGAGCCUGCAAGCGCAGCUGAGGAGGAGGAGGAGGAAGAAGGAGUGAAGGGCGGAGAGAGGGAAACCACAAUGAGGGUCCGGCCCACCACCGCGGUGACGUCGCGGGGGCACGUGAGCGAGGCUCUCCAGUGACGGCGUGUGGAGGGCAGGAAAAGCAGUUUUUAAAGCCGCUGGUGCCGUUUUGGGGUUUUUGCGCGAGGUGCUCCUCCAAAACAACCACAGAACCACAGACGCGCGGCUCGGGGCUCGGCGUGGCCGGAACGUCAAUGGUUAAUGGUCGCGGGCCAGCAGCACCAGUCACAAGGACGGGCGCUAAAGGAGACGUGUCAAGGUUCACAGAAACCGCCGAGGAGCGAGAGCCGGUCCCGGCAUGGCGUCCAACAGCCUCUUCAGCACCGUCACACCAUGCCAGCAGAACUUCUUCUGGGACCCGAGCGCCAGCCGGAGGUUCAGCCCGCCGUCCAGCAGCCUGCAGCCGCUCGCGGGCAAGAUGACGGACGUGAGCUCACCGGGUGCCGGCGGAGGAGGAGGUGGUGGCGGCGGCGGUGGCGGCGGAGGAGGCGGAGGAGGAGGAGGAGGUGGCCCCGGUGGGCAGGCGGACGCGGCGGCGGCGGCGGUGGUGCCCAGACUGCGCGCCCACGAGAACCGCAGCAUGGCCGAGAUCAUUGCCGACCAUCCGGCCGAGUUGGUGCGCACCGACAGCCCCAACUUUUUGUGUUCCGUACUGCCGUCGCACUGGCGAUGUAACAAGACUCUGCCGGUCGCUUUCAAGGUGGUGGCGCUUGGGGACAUAACGGACGGCACGGUGGUGACAGUGAUGGCAGGCAACGACGAGAACUACUCGGCCGAACUGCGCAACGCCUCGGGCGUGAUGAAGAACCAGGUGGCGCGUUUCAACGACCUGCGCUUCGUCGGCCGAAGUGGACGAGGCAAAAGCUUCACGCUGACCAUCACUGUGUUCACCAACCCGCCGCAAGUCGCCACUUACCACCGAGCCAUCAAGGUUACAGUGGACGGACCACGAGAACCCAGGAGGCAUCGGCAGAAGCUGGAGGACCCUCCAAAGUCGGGCCUGUUUUCGGAUCGCCUGAGCGAGCUGGAGAGGAUGAGGGUCCGCGUGGCGGUGCCCGCCCAGGCCCAGCGACCGGCGCUUAACACGGCGCCCAACUCGUUCACGGCGCAGGGACAGACGCAGAUCACUGACCCGCGUCAGUCGCAGUCGUCGCCGCCGUGGUCGUACGAGCAGACGUACCCGUCGUACCUGAGUCCCAUGGCGUCCCCCUCGGUGCACUCCACCACCCCGCUCUCCUCCAGCAGAGGGACGGGCCUGCCCUCCAUCAGCGACGUGCCCAGACGCUUGCCAGGUUCUUCGGACCUGAGCCCCUUCCCGGGCCAGUUUGAGCGCCAGUUCCCGGGAUUGUCAUCCUUGGCUGAGAGUCGUUUCAGCAGUCCUCGCAUGCACUACCCGGCCACCUUCACCUACACGCCGCCCGUCACCUCAGCCAUGUCGCUGGGGGGCCCCCACUACCACACCUACCUUCCUCCGCCCUACCCGGGCUCCACACAGAACCAGAGCGGACCCUUCCAGACCAGCAGCACCCCUUACCUGUACUACGGCGCCUCGUCCGGGUCCUACCAGAUCUCCAUGGUGUCGGGCGGGGGCGGCGAGCGCUCACCCUCGCGAGUGGCCCCCCCGCCCUGCACCAGCGCCUCCACGGGGACCUCGCUGGUCAACCCCAACCUUCCCAGCCAGGCGGACGGCGGCGUGGACGCGGGAGAUGGGAGCCACAGCAACUCCCCCACCGUCCUCAACACGGGGGGACGCAUGGAUGAGGCCGUGUGGAGGCCCUACUGAAUGCCUGACUGAAAAAGGGAUUUUUAUUUUGUUGAAAGCAGCUCGUCUCGACUUGUGCAAACUUGUCUUCCUGGAAUGUUUGGACCAAAGCGCUCGGAGUGGCAAUAAGCAGCACAUCCUUCCGAAUAGACUUUUUUUCAAAAUCUUUUUCAGACCAACGUGGAACAGGCACAAACUCCAAAGAGCAAAAUAAUCUGAAUUACACUACCAUAUUGAAGUCGGAUAUAAAUGACAUUUAAAAAUGAACAAAUAAAUAAAUGCGAGAAGAAAAGUCAGCAGCAACUUUUUACCUUGAAAUAAUAAAACUUUUCUUGAAAAUAGGACAUUGCAUCAGCGGGGGGAAAAAUCUCAACUAUGACUUUUUGACUUGAAGUAUGCCAUUUUUUUUGCAUUGUGUAUUUUGAUAUAUUCGAUUGAAAUAUACGAAUGUUUUCUUUUUCGCACAUCUGUGACUUUUUUCCCUCAAUUUUAUAACAGUUUUUCCUGAAAAAUGUCUUCUCUAAGAUGAAACAUUUCUUCUUGAAAAUGUGCAACUUUUUUCUUAAAUAUACACUUUUUUAACAAGUGAACAUCUUUUUAAAAGUACAACUUUUCUACAUUUACCUUCUAAAAUUAUGAAAAAAAAUCUCAAAUAUGAGUAUUUCUAAAAAGCACAACGUUUCUCAACAAUAUAUUUUUUCUCUCAAAAAUACAAUUCACACCCCCUUGAAUUACAUUUUCAAAAAUGUCUUGAAAUAUUUAAACUUUUCCUAAAACAUGCAAUUGUUGUCUUGCAAGAUUCCGAUGUCAAUGUGGUAGUGUAAUUGUUUUCCUUUUCCUUUACGUGUCCUUCCUUCUGAUUGGUUCUUCAAGGCUUUUUAUUUUCCGCAUUAGGCAUGAAUUUUCUUUGUUUUUUCUAUACGACAAUACAGAGACGCACUGAGCAGCGAGACUUAUUUAAACGUGUAUAUUACAGGGCGUUCCGCUUCCUGUUUAACUUAUGAAGCCAUAACUUAUGUAAUAUUGUAUUUUUGAAACUUGACUCAUCCCAAUACUUUUGCUGCGUCUUUAUGACUACAUUUUUCAAAACGGCAACAACAAAAAGCUGGUAAUUUAAGAAAUGGAGAAACUACGGCGGUACCCAAAGAAGCAAGUGCUACGCCGACAGCCAAGAUUCAGACAAUCAGCAUAGUUCCAAUAAAAGAGCUCAGGACCAGAAGAUUUGUUGUUGUUGUUGUUGUUUGAUACGUGACGGCUUUGAGAAAGUUGGUCAGAGUGUUUGACACUCAUGUUGUUUCCUUAAAUAAUCUUGUUUUUCUUUGUCAUGUUGAUGCCAUCUUGAAUCAGUAAAAGCACUUAUUGAUGGAUACAAAA